GCCCGUAGCCGGCUCCCCCUACUUGGAGUGACUACUCUAUUUCUUGGUCCCUGCCGUUGUCAGGGACGAUUGCAUGGGCUACGCCAGGAAAGUAGGCUGGGUGACUGCAGGCCUGGUGAUUGGGGCUGGGGCCUGCUAUUGCAUUUACAGAUUGGCCCGAGGAAGAAAGCAGACCAAGGAGAAAAUGGCCGAGAGUGGUGCUGCUGAUGUGGAUGAUGCUGGGGACUGUUCUGGGGCCAGGUAUAACGACUGGUCUGAUGAUGAUGAUGACAGUAACGAGAGCAAGAGUAUAGUUUGGUACCCACCUUGGGCCCGGAUUGGCACUGAAGCAGGGACCAGAGCCAGAGCCAGGGCAAGAGCCAGGGCUACGAGGGCUCGGAGAGCUGUCCAGAAAAGGGCUUCUCCUAAUUCAGAUGAUACUGUUUUGUCCCCUCAAGAGUUACAAAAAGUACUUUGUUUGGUUGAGAUGUCUGAAAAGCCUUAUAUUCUCGAAGCAGCUUUAAUUGCUCUAGGUAAUAAUGCUGCUUAUGCAUUUAACAGAGAUAUUAUUCGUGAUUUGGGUGGUCUCCCAAUUGUUGCAAAGAUUCUCAAUACUCGGGAUCCCAUUGUUAAGGAAAAGGCUUUAAUUGUCCUAAAUAACUUGAGUGUGAAUGCGGAAAAUCAGCGCAGGCUUAAGAUAUACAUGAAUCAAGUGUGUGAUGACACAGUCACUUCUCGACUGAACUCCUCUGUGCAGCUGGCUGGACUCAGGUUGCUUACCAAUAUGACUGUUACUAAUGAGUAUCAGCACAUACUUGCUAAUUCCAUUUCAGACUUUUUUCGUUUAUUUUCAGCAGGAAAUGAAGAAACCAAACUUCAGGUUUUGAAACUCCUUUUGAAUCUGGCUGAAAAUCCAGCCAUGACUAGAGAACUGCUUAGGGCUCAGGUACCAUCUUCACUGGGCUCCCUCUUUAAUAAGAAGGAGAACAAAGAGGUCAUUCUGAAACUUCUGAUAAUUAUCGAGAACAUCAAUGACAAUUUCAAAUGGGAAGAGAAUGAGUCUGCUCAGAAUCACUUUAGUGAGGAUUCGCUUUUUUUCUUUUUAAAAGAAUUUCAAGUGUGUGCUGAUAAGGUUCUGGGAAUAGAAAGCCACCAUGAUUUUCUAGUGAAAGUAAAAGUUGGAAAAGUCGCAGCCAAACUGACUGAGCGGAUGUUUCCCCAAAGCCAGGAAUAA